CGCGCCACCAUGGACCAUACGACAGAGCAGAGCUACCGCAUUCAAAUUUCAUAUAAUUUCGAUCUCUCCGCCAAAUCACGCCACUGAGCUCUUCUCUCUCUCUCUCUCGAAGCAUGUUUUUCCUCAACAAAGACCUCCAAUGGAGUUCUCUUUGACUGCUUAAAAUGGCGGAGUUUUAGAUUUCUAAAUCUUCAACUGUUUGUUUGAUUCGGAUUAGAAAUGGCGUCGUCUGCUUUCAAAUCGACGACCAAACGGACGCCGAUCGGAGCAUCGGUUGCUUCAAAUGAUGACUCCGCUUCAACCAAUCGGAGCUCGAUUCACCGCCGCUCUCGAAGUCUGAGCCGAUUUUCCCACCCUCUGCCAUCGUCUCCCGCCGAUAAGGGAUUCGACGAGGGUUCAGCUCGGCAAGGUAGGUUUGUAAACACGUCAUCGAGAGGCUCGGGAUUCCCUGAGAUCAGUCUCGAUGACUUAGCAGUCGAAUUCUUCGGUUCUGGUGAUCGAGGGCGGUCCGCUGCGCGGAGCUCCGAGUCGAGUGGUGCUACGAAUGCUGCCGUGGCGUCGAAUAGACGAGGGAGGUCAGUGUCGAGACACAGUUGUGCUAAAGGUAGUGGCGGUAGUAACGAGGGCAAAGGAAGAGCCAGUUAUAGCGUUGGAGGGGGGAAAGUGGUUCCUGAAAGUAAUUCGAGAAGACGGCGCUCUCUCUCGGUGGUUCGCUACCAGAUUAGCGAUUCGGAGAGUGAUAUUGAUCGAUCUCAGAAUUCUGGAAUUCGUGUCAAAGAAAAGAGCUAUGGUAUAGGAAAUAAGCAGAAGCCAAUAUCUCAUAAGGCUGAUGAUUCAAACCGUAGACCAUCAUUGCAAAGAUCUCUUAGCCAGAAUGAUUUUAAGUGCCAUGAUGGCUAUUCAAGCCAGUCUUCAGUUCUAACUGAUGAUGAAGGGAAGGAUACAUACUUCGGUAAUGGUGUAAUGGAGGAGACUAUUCGAUCAAUUUAUGCAAGAAAGGCAAAGCAGCCCAAUGGGGGUGUUGUUGACAAUGGCGGCUUGUAUGAAGCAAUGCGGAAAGAACUUAGACAUGCUGUGGAAGAGAUAAGGGUGGAACUUGAGCAGGAAAUGGUGAACAGAAAUUCGUCUGUUGGAACUUUCAGUGAUGAUUUGCAUUCAAGUGAUUCUGGUAUUUGUCAGCAUACGUCUCCAUUUACUAGAAAUUAUUCAACAAAACAAGAACAGUCUGGGAAGCGCAGAGAUUCAUUGGGUAAGAUGGUGACAGAGGAGCAACGUGGUCAAGAACGUCCAAAGAUGAUUAAAAAUUUGCCUCCUGAUCUGAAAAAUGCUGUUGCAGAGAACCCUUCACGAACCAGAAAGAGGAGCAAGGAUAGAAGUAGGAUGUCAAAACGAUUGAGUGAGGAGGCAGAAAAAUACAUUGAGGACUUCAUUUCCAAUGUCGAAGAUACCGACAUUUCAUCUCUUGAUGGCGAUAGGAGCGACGCCAGUUCAUCUUUAAGGGGGAAAGAAAAACCAAAUUUCAAAAUUCAAGCAGCCAGCAAACAUGUUCCUCCUGGAAUGGAUGGUGUCCUAUUUCCAUGGUUGCAAUGGGAGACCGAUAAUGAUGCCACUCCUUAUCCUCGAAAGAGUAUGAUCGAACCACCUACAACUCCGCAAACUUUUCCAAGGGAUGUUAAUCAGGAUACAAUCAAUGCCCAAGAUCUAUGCAACCAAUCUGCUAGCAGCCAAGGGAGUUGGAGCCCUGGCGUUAACAUUAGCCUUUCUGGGAAAGCUGUUAAAGAUAUAGAAAGUAGAUUCAAAAGACUUGGUAAUUAUCAAAAUCAGUCCUAUUUGGAAUCAAGAGAAUCUCGGUUCGAUAUGGAUGAAUAUUUAAAGCGUCCAAGCAAUGAAGAUUUUCUCCUAGAAAGAUGGAAGCAGCAGCACAGAACCAACUCCAGUGGUCUAUUGCUUUGCCAUCGUCUAUUUUUAUAGUUAUAUACAUUCAAAUGGGAAGAAAAAGCCGAAGAAUCUAGCUACAGGAGAAUCAGGAACAAAGUUAUAGGUCUGUAUCGAUUAAAUAUUUGUUC